UCCCCCGGCGUGUUCGCUUAGUUCAGUGAAUCAGAACAAUGACUGCGCCGCCGGGUCCCCGGGAGCGCGUCGGAGGACUGUGAGCAGCCGCCGCCAGGAGAGCUGCGGGCGGCGCAGUGUCAACGCUGGGCUCGGGAACCUCCAGCACAGAUCCUGCCCAGCGCCCGCAGCCCGCGCGAAGCCGCCGGGCUCCGGCACUGCAGCGCUGCUCGGGGACUGUGCAUUGUUGUGAGCCGGAGAAGGGGCGCGGGGAUUACAAAGCCUGAAGACCCGGGAGCCCCUUUAGCCAUGUGGAUACCUACGGAGCACGAGAAAUACGGCGUGGUUAUUGCCAGUUUCCGAGGAACCGUUCCAUAUGGCCUGUCAUUGGAAAUUGGAGAUACAGUUCAGAUCCUGGAGAAGUGUGAUGGCUGGUACAGAGGAUUUGCCUUAAAAACCCCAAAUAUCAAGGGUAUAUUUCCUUCCAGCUACGUUCACUUGAAAAAUGCCUGUGUAAAGAACAAAGGACAAUUUGAAAUGGUUAUUCCCACUGAAGACUCUGUUAUCACAGAAAUGACAUCAACAUUAAGAGACUGGGGAACCAUGUGGAAACAACUCUAUGUGCGCAAUGAAGGCGAUCUCUUCCACCGGCUGUGGCACAUCAUGAAUGAAAUCCUGGACCUGAGGCGGCAGGUGCUGGUGGGCCACCUCACCCACGACCGGAUGAAGGACGUGAAGCGCCACAUUACUGCCCGGCUUGACUGGGGCAAUGAACAACUGGGACUGGACCUGGUGCCUAGGAAAGAGUACGCAAUGGUGGAUCCGGAAGACAUCAGCAUUACUGAGCUCUACCGAUUGAUGGAACAUCGACAUCGGAAGAAAGACACCCCGGUGCAGGCCAGCAGUCACCACCUCUUUGUCCAGAUGAAGAGCCUCAUGUGUUCCAACCUGGGAGAGGAGCUGGAGGUCAUCUUCUCACUCUUUGACAGUAAAGAGAACCGGCCAAUCAGUGAGAGAUUUUUCUUGAGGCUGAAUAGAAACGGGCUUCCCAAAGCCCCUGAUAAACCGGAACGACAUUGCUCUCUCUUUGUGGAUUUGGGUAGCAGUGAGCUAAGAAAGGACAUCUAUAUCACCGUGCACAUUAUCCGAAUCGGUCGAAUGGGAGCAGGAGAAAAAAAGAACGCCUGUAGUGUCCAGUACCGACGACCCUUUGGCUGUGCAGUUCUUAGCAUCGCCGACCUGCUAACAGGAGAGACAAAGGAUGACCUCAUUCUGAAAGUGUACAUGUGUAACACAGAGAGUGAGUGGUACCAAAUCCAUGAGAACAUCAUCAAAAAGCUGAAUGCACGUUAUAACUUGACUGGCUCCAAUGCAGGUUUAGCAGUUUCCUUACAGCUAUUGCACGGAGACAUUGAACAAAUCAGAAGAGAAUAUUCAUCAGUAUUUUCUCAUGGAGUAUCCAUAACAAGGAAGCUGGGAUUUUCAAAUAUUAUUAUGCCUGGUGAAAUGAGGAAUGAUUUAUAUAUCACUAUUGAAAGGGGAGAAUUUGAGAAAGGAGGGAAGAGCGUGGCCAGAAAUGUGGAAGUUACGAUGUUCAUUGUAGACAGUAGUGGCCAGACCCUGAAGGAUUUUAUCUCCUUCGGCUCUGGGGAGCCACCAGCCAGUGAGUACCACUCCUUUGUGCUUUAUCAUAACAACAGUCCCAGGUGGUCUGAACUGCUGAAACUUCCCAUUCCCGUGGAUAAAUUCCGGGGCGCACACAUCCGCUUCGAGUUUCGGCAUUGUUCCACAAAGGAGAAAGGAGAGAAGAAGUUGUUUGGGUUUUCUUUUGUCCCUCUGAUGCAAGAAGAUGGUAGGACUCUUCCAGAUGGCACUCAUGAGCUCAUCGUGCAUAAGUGUGAAGAAAACACAAACCUUCAGGAUACUGCCCGCUACCUCAAACUUCCCUUUUCCAAGGGCAUUUUCCUUGGGAAUAAUAAUCAAGCCAUGAAGGCCACAAAGGAGUCUUUUUGUAUUACAUCUUUUCUCUGUUCCACAAAACUCACACAAAAUGGUGAUAUGCUUGAUCUUUUGAAAUGGAGAACCCACCCAGACAAGAUCACUGGCUGUCUCUCUAAAUUAAAAGAAAUCGAUGGCUCAGAGAUAGUAAAGUUUCUGCAGGAUACACUGGAUACCUUAUUUGGAAUUUUAGAUGAAAAUUCCCAAAAAUAUGGGUCUAAAGUGUUCGAUUCUUUGGUUCACAUAAUAAAUUUGCUGCAAGAUAGCAAAUUUCAUCAUUUUAAACCUGUAAUGGACACAUAUAUUGAGAGUCAUUUUGCUGGGGCACUUGCAUACAGAGAUCUCAUCAAAGUGCUCAAAUGGUAUGUGGACCGGAUCACAGAAGCAGAGCGGCAAGAGCAUAUCCAGGAGGUGCUGAAGGCACAAGAAUACAUUUUUAAGUAUAUAGUUCAAUCUCGAAGGCUGUUUUCCCUUGCCACUGGUGGGCAAAACGAAGAGGAAUUCCGCUGCUGCAUUCAGGAGCUUCUCAUGUCAGUCCGUUUCUUUCUUUCGCAAGAGAGCAAAGGGUCUGGAGCAUUAUCUCAGUCACAGGCUGUGUUUCUGAGCUCUUUCCCUGCCGUGUACUCAGAACUGUUGAAGCUCUUUGAUGUCCGGGAAGUAGCCAACUUGGUCCAGGACACCCUGGGCAGUCUACCGACCAUCCUGCAUGUGGAUGAUUCCCUGCAGGCCAUCAAACUGCAGUGCAUUGGCAAAACUGUGGAAAGCCAGCUUUAUACCAACCCAGAUUCCCGAUACAUUCUUCUGCCUGUCGUGUUACAUCACCUCCACAUUCACUUGCAAGAACAGAAGGACCUGAUCAUGUGUGCACGUAUCCUUAGCAACGUAUUUUGUCUCAUCAAGAAAAAUAGCUCAGAAAAAUCUGUGCUGGAGGAAAUAGAUGUGAUAGUGGCCAGCUUGCUGGAUAUCCUGCUGAGGACCAUAUUGGAGAUCACCAGCCGACCUCAGCCAUCCAGCUCAGCAAUGCGGUUCCAGUUCCAGGAUGUCACUGGGGAGUUUGUCGCUUGUCUCCUGUCCCUAUUACGACAAAUGACAGAUAGACAUUAUCAACAGCUUCUUGAUAGUUUUAAUACAAAGGAAGAACUAAGGGAUUUCCUGCUGCAGAUAUUUACUGUGUUCCGAAUAUUGAUACGCCCAGAGAUGUUUCCAAAGGACUGGACUGUUAUGCGCUUGGUUGCUAACAAUGUUAUUAUUACAACAGUUCUGUACCUCUCAGAUGCACUUCGUAAGAACUUCUUAAAUGAAAACUUUGAUUAUAAGAUCUGGGAUUCCUACUUUUACCUUGCAGUCAUUUUUAUAAACCAGUUGUGUCUGCAGUUGGAGAUGUUCACACCUUCCAAGAAGAAAAAGGUGUUAGAAAAGUAUGGUGACAUGCGGGUAACAAUGGGUUGUGAAAUUUUCAGCAUGUGGCAAAACCUAGGAGAGCACAAGCUUCAUUUUAUCCCUGCUCUGAUUGGCCCCUUCCUAGAAGUGACCUUGAUACCCCAGCCAGAUCUUCGGAAUGUCAUGAUUCCAAUUUUUCAUGAUAUGAUGGACUGGGAGCAGAGGCGGAGUGGCAACUUUAAACAGGUGGAAGCCAAGCUAAUUGACAAACUGGAUAGCCUGAUGUCAGAAGGCAAAGGUGACGAAACAUACCGUGAGCUCUUCAACAGUAUAAUUCCACUAUUUGGUCCCUAUCCUAGUCUGCUAAAGAAAAUUGAGCGGGAAACAUGGCGGGAAAGUGGCGUUUCAUUAAUUGCUACUGUAACUCGUCUAAUGGAGAGGUUGUUAGAUUACAGGGACUGCAUGAAAAUGGGAGAGGUAGAUGGCAAAAAGAUUGGCUGCACAGUUAGCCUUCUGAACUUCUAUAAGACUGAACUGAACAAGGAGGAGAUGUAUAUACGCUACAUUCACAAACUCUAUGAUCUGCAUCUCAAAGCACAGAACUUUACAGAAGCUGCAUAUACCCUCCUCUUAUAUGACGAGCUACUGGAAUGGUCUGAUCGGCCUCUCAGGGAGUUCCUGACCUACCCCAUGCAAACAGAAUGGCAGCGCAAAGAGCACUUGCACCUCACCAUCAUCCAGAACUUUGACAGAGGCAAAUGUUGGGAGAAUGGCAUUAUCUUGUGCCGGAAGAUUGCAGAGCAGUAUGAGAGUUAUUAUGACUACAGAAACCUGAGCAAGAUGCGGAUGAUGGAAGCCUCUUUGUAUGACAAAAUUAUGGACCAGCAACGUCUUGAACCAGAGUUCUUCAGAGUUGGAUUUUAUGGAAAAAAAUUUCCAUUUUUCUUAAGAAAUAAGGAGUUUGUGUGUCGAGGGCAUGACUACGAGAGGCUGGAAGCCUUCCAACAGAGAAUGCUGAACGAGUUCCCCCACGCCAUCGCCAUGCAGCACGCCAACCAGCCCGAUGAGACCAUCUUCCAGGCAGAAGCUCAGUAUUUGCAGAUAUAUGCUGUGACUCCCAUUCCGGAGAGCCAGGAGGUCCUGCAGAGAGAAGGUGUUCCGGACAACAUCAAAAGUUUCUAUAAAGUGAAUCACAUCUGGAAAUUCCGCUAUGACCGACCGUUUCACAAAGGCACAAAAGAUAAAGAGAAUGAAUUCAAGAGUCUCUGGGUGGAGAGAACGUCAUUAUACUUGGUGCAGAGUCUGCCUGGCAUCUCUCGCUGGUUUGAAGUGGAAAAGCGUGAAGUGGUAGAAAUGAGUCCUCUGGAAAAUGCAAUUGAAGUGCUGGAAAAUAAGAAUCAGCAGCUGAAGACUCUGAUUAGUCAGUGUCAGACAAGACAGAUGCAGAAUAUUAAUCCCCUGACUAUGUGCCUGAAUGGAGUUAUAGAUGCUGCAGUUAAUGGUGGCGUUUCCAGGUACCAAGAGGCAUUCUUUGUCAAAGAAUAUAUCUUAAGUCACCCUGAAGAUGGGGAGAAAAUUGCACGAUUAAGAGAGCUGAUGCUUGAGCAGGCACAGAUUCUGGAAUUUGGUUUGGCCGUGCAUGAGAAGUUUGUACCUCAAGAUAUGAGACCCCUUCACAAAAAGCUGGUUGACCAAUUCUUUGUGAUGAAGUCGAGCUUAGGGAUACAGGAGUUCUCUGCUUGUAUGCAAGCCAGUCCUGUCCAUUUUCCUAAUGGAAGCCCUCGUGUGUGUAGAAACUCAGCACCUGCUUCUGUGAGCCCAGAUGGUACCAGGGUAAUUCCUAGACGCAGCCCGUUAAGUUACCCAGCUGUCAACCGAUACUCUUCCUCCUCACUGUCCUCACAAGCUUCUGCUGAAGUAAGCAAUAUUACAGGGCAAUCAGAAAGCUCUGACGAAGUCUUUAACAUGCAGCCAAGUCCAUCUACCUCAAGCUUGAGUUCUACUCACUCGGCUUCACCUAAUGUGACAAGUUCUGCUCCAUCGAGUGCCAGAGCUUCUCCUUUGUUGUCUGACAAACACAAACAUUCCCGAGAAAACUCUUGCCUGUCCCCAAGAGAGAGACCAUGCAGUGCCAUCUAUCCAACACCUGUGGAGCCUUCGCAGAGGAUGCUGUUUAAUCAUAUUGGAGACGGGGCCUUGCCACGCAGUGACCCAAAUCUCUCUGCACCUGAAAAAGCUGUGAACCCCACCCCUAGCAGCUGGAGCCUGGACAGUGGGAAGGAAGCCAAGAACAUGUCGGAUAGUGGGAAACUUAUCUCUCCCCCUGUCCCUCCAAGACCCACACAGACUGCCUCACCAGCAAGACACACGACAUCAGUAUCCCCCUCGCCUGCCGGGCGAUCUCCAUUGAAGGGCUCUGUGCAGUCUUUCACCCCCUCUCCAGUGGAGUACCACUCUCCAGGACUCAUCUCCAACUCCCCUGUCUUGUCGGGCAGCUACAGCAGUGGGAUUUCUUCUCUCAGCCGGUGCAGCACGUCGGAAACCUCAGGCUUUGAAAAUCAGGUGAAUGAACAGUCAGCCCCCCUGCCCGUGCCCGUGCCGGUGCCGGUGCCGGUGCCAGUGCCGAGCUACAGCGGAGAGGAGCCAGUGCGCAAGGAGAGCAAGACUCCGCCCCCGUACAGCGUCUAUGAGCGGACUCUACGGCGCCCCGUCCCGCUACCUCACAGCCUCUCCAUCCCCGUCACGCCGGAGCCGCCCGCGCUGCCCCCCAAGCCUCUGGCAGCGCGAUCCAUGCACCUGGAGAAUGGGGCCCGGAGGACUGACCCCGGCCCGCGGCCCAGGCCCCUGCCCCGCAAGGUCUCUCAGUUAUAAGUCACUUUUCUAUGUACCUGCGAUGCAUUCUUUGCCCGUUUACAAAAUAAGUAUGAUGAGAAGACAUUUAGUGUAGGCACUUUAAUAACUUACUCAGCUCCUUCGAUGAAUGGAAUUAAAACUUGCUUAUUAAUAUCAUGUUGCACAAUAUUAAAAGUUGCUGAUCUAAAA